GGAACGGGGCGGGACUUCCAGUAGGAGGCGGCAAGUUUGAAAAGUAACAACGGUUGACGUUUGCUGAUUUUUUACUUUGCUUGUAGCUGCUCCUCGAACUCGCCGCCUUCCUGUCGGCGGCCGGCACUGUAGAUUAACAGGAAACUUCCAAGAUGGAAACUUUGUCUUUCCCCAGAUACAAUGUAGCUGAGAUUGUGAUUCAUAUUCGCAAUAAGAUCUUAACAGGAGCUGAUGGUAAAAACCUCACCAAGAAUGAUCUUUAUCCAAAUCCAAAGCCUGAAGUCUUGCACAUGAUCUACAUGAGAGCCUUACAAAUAGUAUAUGGAAUUCGACUGGAGCAUUUUUACAUGAUGCCAGUGAACUCUGAAGUCAUGUAUCCACAUUUAAUGGAAGGCUUCUUACCAUUCAGCAAUUUAGUUACUCAUCUGGACUCAUUUUUGCCCAUAGUGUUGCUUUCUAUUUUAGAAGCAAAACGGACGAGUCGGUUUUUAAGUGGCAUUAUCAACUUUAUUCACUUCAGAGAAGCAUGCCGUGAGACGUAUAUGGAAUUUCUUUGGCAAUAUAAAUCCUCUGCGGACAAAAUGCAACAGUUAAACGCUGCACACCAGGAGGCAUUAAUGAAACUGGAGAGACUUGAUUCUGUUCCAGUUGAAGAGCAAGAAGAGUUCAAGCAACUUUCAGAUGGUAUUCAGGAGCUACAACAAUCACUAAAUCAGGAUUUUCAUCAGAAAACGAUAGUGCUGCAAGAGGGAAAUUCCCAAAAGAAGUCAAAUAUUUCAGAGAAAACCAAGCGUUUGAAUGAACUAAAAUUGUCAGUGGUUUCUUUGAAAGAAAUACAAGAGAGUUUGAAAACAAAAAUUGUGGAUUCUCCAGAGAAGCUAAAAAAUUAUAAAGAAAAAAUGAAAGAUACGGUCCAGAAGCUUAAAAACGCCAGACAAGAAGUGGUGGAGAAAUAUGAAAUCUAUGGAGAUUCAGUUGACUGCCUGCCUUCAUGUCAGUUGGAAGUGCAGUUAUAUCAAAAGAAAAUACAGGACCUUUCAGAUAAUAGGGAAAAAUUAGCCAGUAUCUUAAAGGAGAGCCUGAGCCUAGAGGACCAAAUUGAGAGUGAUGAGUCAGAACUGAAGAAAUUGAAGACUGAAGAAAAUUCAUUCAAAAGACUGAUGAUUGUGAAGAAGGAAAAACUUGCCACAGCACAAUUCAAAAUAAAUAAGAAACAUGAAGACGUUAAGCAAUACAAACGCACAGUAAUUGAGGAUUGCAAUAAAGUUCAAGAAAAAAGAGGUGCUGUCUAUGAACGAGUAACCACAAUUAAUCAAGAAAUCCAAAAAAUUAAACUUGGAAUUCAACAACUAAAAGAUGCUGCUGAAAGGGAGAAACUGAAGUCCCAGGAAAUAUUUUUAAACUUGAAAACUGCUUUGGAGAAAUACCACGACGGUAUUGAAAAGGCAGCAGAGGACUCUUAUGCUAAGAUAGAUGAGAAGACAGCUGAACUGAAGAGGAAGAUGUUCAAAAUGUCAACCUGAUUAACAAAAUUACAUGUCUUUUUACAAAUGGCUUGCCAUCUUUUAAUUUUCUAUUUAGAAAGAAUAGUUAAGUUGAAGCGAACGGAAGUAACAGAAGUACCAAAAAAUGUUGGUUUCAUCAGUUUUUAUACACUCUCAUAAGUAGUUAAUAAGAUGAAUUUAAUGUAGGCUUUUAUUAAUUUAUAAUUAAAAUAACUUGUGCAGC